AUGCGCAGAACACCGACUCACCCUGACCAACACCUACUUCCGCCUCCCGAUGCGAGAGAAGGCCACCUGGAUGUAUCCUCGGUCACGACGCUGGCACCCGCUGGACUUUGUCCUCGUCCGGAGGCGAGGACAGCGUGUGUACUAGUGACAAAGGUGAUUCCGGGUGCUGACGGGUGUGUAGCAGUUCGCGUCUCCUCGCUCUCCGCCUUUGUCACGCUGUCCUCCAUAGCGUCGUCAUCUGCAAGAUGCGGAUUCUCCCACAGCCUCACAGAAGACCCCAAGGUAAGCGACCCCAGGUAAGCUGAAAAUUGCUUUGUUGUCGUUGCCUGCUCACCAUCUCCACUUCAGCAAUUAACUAUCUCAAAAGCUAACCAGCCUUCUAAUCCCCGACGCCGCAGCUGUCGCCGACGAGAACGCCUCUGUGGAGAACUUAUGGUGUCAACUGCGGGAUAAAGUCCAGUCGACGGCCCUGGCUGUCCUUGGUCGAGCGUGUCGCCAACAUCAUUACUGGUUCGAUGACAACUACGCCGCCAUCAGCAACCUGCUCGCCGAGGAGAACCGCCUGCACAAAGUCUACGUCAAACGCCCGACCGACGACAACAAAGCAGCCUUCUAUCGUAGUCACCGACUUGCGAAAUAG